AUGCACUAUUGGCUUGAAGAUGAAGGUGACCAUGUAUCGAGAAAUGCAGGUAGCCUUCAGAAACUGAGGGCAACCCAGGCUGACAGGCAGCAAAGAGACAGGGACCUUAGUCUUUCUGGGAGGAACUUAAUUCUGCCAGCAGCCCGAAUGAGUUGGGAGGUGAUUCUUCAUCACAACCUCCAGAUAGGAACCCAGCCGAGCCCACACCUUGCUUUCAGCCUUUGGGACAUUGUAAGCAGAGAAGAGAGGCCAUCAAUACUCGGUAGAAGAACAAGUUCAUUGAAACCAUGGAUGAUUGCCCUUAUUAUCACAGUUGUUGUGCUGGUUCUAGCAAUAAUCAUCGGUCUCCUUGUUUAUUUUUUGGCAUUUGAUCGGAAAUUUCACUAUUACCAAAUCUCCUUUCGGAUCCCCAGUAUUGAAUAUAAUCCUGAUUUUUCAGUAGAACGCUCAAAAUUUAGGACUGACCUGGAACAAAAAAUCAAAAAUGAAAUAGACAUGAUAUUUCAAAGAUCCAGUUUAAAUCGUCAUUAUAUCAAGUCUCAUGUUGUCAACCUUAGGUCAAGCAAUGAUGGUUUGAAAACAGAUGUACUGCUUAAAUUUCAGUUUGUUUCUAACAAUGCACACACCAUGAAAACGCAAGCUGAUAACAUUUUAUAUCAGAAGCUGAAACUAAAUGAAAGCUUGUUGAAGAAAGAUACAUCAUUAUCUUAUCUUAGAGAUAUGAAUGAAGCACAAGCAGAGCAUAUUUUGAACAGCUGUUGUGGUUUAGGAAGGGAGUCUCCAACCAUGGAAAGAAUUGCUGAUGGAUAUGUUGCAAGGAAAGCUGAUUGGCCAUGGCAAGCCAGCCUGCAAAUGGAUGGCAUCCAUUUCUGUGGGGCAUCUCUGAUAAGUGAGGAGUGGCUCCUGACUGCUGCUCACUGCUUUGACACUUACAAAAACCCCAAACUCUGGACGGCUAGUUUUGGAACAACUCUAAGCCCUCCACUAAUGAGAAGAAAGGUGCAGUCAAUUAUCGUUCAUGAAAACUAUGCUGCCCAUAAGCAUGAUGACGACAUCGCUGUGGUGAAGCUCUCCACUUCUGUCCUAUUUUCUGAUGAAGUACACAGAGUCUGUCUCCCAGAUGCUAAUUUUGAAGUCUUACCUAAGAGUAAAGUGUUUGCCACUGGAUGGGGAGCUUUAAAAACAAAUGGUCCCUUUCCCAAUACUCUGCGACAAGUUGAAAUAGAGAUCAUAAGUAAUGAUAUAUGUAAUCAAGUUAAUGUAUAUGGUGGUGCUGUGUCAUCAGGAAUGAUUUGUGCUGGAUUCUUAUCAGGAAAACGUGAUGCCUGUGAGGGUGAUUCUGGGGGACCUCUGGUUAUAGCACGUGAUGGAAACAUCUGGUAUGUUAUUGGAAUAGUAAGCUGGGGAAUGGACUGUGGAAAAGAAAACAAGCCUGGGAUUUAUACAAAAGUGACUCUUUAUCGAGAUUGGAUUAAAUCCAAAACUAACAUGUAA